CUAGUACGGCGAUAAGAUUAUCGACCAUCUCAUCGUUCCGAGCACUCAGCACAAAGAUCGCUUUAUCGCCAAAGCUCUGCUCGUCGGUACCAAGCCUUUUCGGACUACUAGUAAUAUCUGUGCUGUGCACAAUACUACGUGCACUAAAAAGGCCUCACUAGAAGCCAGAUUUCCCAUCAUCCUAACUUUAUACUGUGACCACCAUGCCCGAGGUUAAUAACAAGGUCUGUCUGAUCGUUCACGAUGGGUGGGGAAUCGCUCCAGAGAAAGGCAUGAAAGGUGAUGCUAUCGAUGCAGCAGACACCACCAACAUGGAUACCAUCGCCAAAAAACAUUCCUAUCGCACCCUUUUUGCGCACGGAAACGCGGUCGGUUUGAACGAUGGGCUCAUGGGCAACUCUGAAGUUGGCCACCUCAACAUCGGGGCAGGCCGCAUCGUGUGGCAAGAUAUCGUCAAGAUCGAUGUGUCCAUUGCAAAACGGCAAUUCCACAAAAAUGAGACGAUCCUUGCGAGCAUGAAGCGUGCGAAGGACGGAAAUGGCCGUCUUCACCUCCUUGGUCUGGUUUCGGAUGGCGGUGUGCAUUCUCACAUUAGACAUCUCAAGGCGCUCUUGGAGACCGCAAAGGAAUCUGGCGUUCCUCACACUUAUAUCCACUUUUUCGGCGACGGCCGUGACACUGCCCCUCGCUCAGCUAAGGGUUACGCCCAAGAACUGCUGGACUUCAUGAAAGAGAUUGAGUAUGGUACGCUUGCCACGGUUGUUGGCAGGUACUACGCGAUGGACCGCGACAAACGUUGGGAGCGUAUCAAGAUCGCUGUUGAUGGCCUCGUCCGCGGCGAGGGUGAAGAAGGUAAAGAUAUCCUCGAAAAAAUUGAGGAGAGGUACAAUAAGGAUGAGACCGAUGAGUUCCUGAAGCCCAUCAUUGUAAAUGGGGACGAGGGACGCAUUAAAGAGGGAGACACCCUCUUUUUCUUCAACUACCGCUCAGAUCGGAUGCGGGAGAUCGCAACUGUCAUUGGGCUCCCGGACAAGCCCAUUGAAAUAGAUAUCCCUAAAGACCUACACAUUACCACCAUGUCUCGUUACAACGCUGAGUUCCCAUUCCCGGUAGCCUUCCCGCCCCAAGCCAUGACCAACGUUUUGGCUGAGUGGCUUUCCAAACAAGGCGUGUCACAAGCGCAUAUCGCAGAGACAGAGAAAUAUGCCCAUGUUACGUUCUUCUUCAACGGCGGGCUCGAGAAGCAGUUCCCUGCGGAGGAACGCCAUAUGAUCGCAUCUCCCAAGGUCGCUACAUACGACAAGCAGCCAGAGAUGAGCGCCCAAGGUGUCGCAGACAAGGUCGCUGAGGUGGUCAAGAGCCAGAAGCACGAAUUUGUCAUGUGCAAUUUUGCCCCGCCCGACAUGGUCGGACACACGGGUGUGUAUGAGGCGGCGGUAGAGGCUAUCACCGCUACUGAUAAGGCGGUCGGAACGGUCUACGACGCAUGCGUUGAGGCUGGAUACGUCUUACUCGUUACCGCAGACCACGGAAAUGCAGAGCAAAUGAUCAACUUGGAGACUGGUGCCCCUCAUACUGCACACACUACCAACCAGGUGCCUUUCAUCAUGACAGCCCAGGGUCUUGAGUUUGCGAGCGAUGAGGAAGGCGGCGAAGGAGAAGAGGGCGGUGGUGCACUUGCUGAUGUUGCACCCACUAUUUUGGCGAUUAUGGGCUUAACCCAACCUGAAGAAAUGACCGGGCGCUCAUUACUGAAGAAAUAGAUAGGGUUGACGCCAAUACAACGUAGACGAAGAUUGUAGAAUAUAUCGUCACUGUAGAAAUAUAAUAUACCACACUCAGAAAGUUAAGUA